AUGUCCCUGGAAAUGGUUUCAGAGAACAGCAGUACUAACCUUAUACACCCAGGAUUCUCCUUACUGAAUUUUCAUAGUGAAGUCUUUCUUUUUGGACAGAAAGGCUGGCCUAAGAGAUCCUGCAGCACAGGUGUUUUCCUUCUUCAUCUCAAGGGUCACCAGCUGAAACUUAAACCUGUUUCAUUUUCAUCUAAAUCAUGCUAUCUCCCACCAUUGCGUCGGCCUGCAAUAACUCAUUACUCAGAUCCAUCAGAAACAGGAAGCCUUUUUUAUUUAAUUCACGGUGGGAGAACUCCAAAUAAUGAACUGCCUAAUUCACUCUACAUCAUGAUGGUUUAUGACAAUGCUGCCAAAAAGAGAACAUCUCUUCAUUGCACUGAAAAGAAUCUAAAAGGAGAUGUUCCCAAAGGAAGAUAUGGCCACACCAUCAAUGUGAUUCAGAACAAGGGACAAACUAUAUGUGUCUUGUUUGGUGGUAGGUCUUACCAACCUCCUGGACAAAGAACUACAGAAAACUGGAACAGCUUAGUGGAUUGUUUGCCUGAGGUUUUCCUGAUUGAUAUGAAUACUGGCCAUUGCACAUCCCACGUGCUUCCAGAAGUAGAAGAAGGCUUUUCAUUCCAUGUUGCCAUUUCAAAAAUUGACACCAUCUACAUAUUAGGUGGUCAUUCCAUUAAAAACAAUAAUCGUCCUGCAAGAUUGCUUAGUCUAAAAGUAGAUCUUUCAGACAUCCAGCCAAGUGUGAAAUGUACAAUACUGCAAGAAGGUAUCUCUGUAUCAAGUGCAAUCAUGACCCAAGCUGGCAAGGAUGAAUUCAUCAUUGUUGGUGGUUAUGAAUCUGAGAGCCAGAAGCGAAUGAUUUGUAACACCGUCAUUUUGGAGGAUGAUAACAUUCAGAUUUUGGAAAAAGAACCCCCAGCAUGGACUAAUGAUAUCAUAGCAAGCAAAACCUGGUUUGGCAGUGACAUGGGAAGUAGUGCAGUGUUAAUAGGAAUUCCUGGAGAAACAAAACAGGAUUCACCAGAUGCAAACUACUUCUAUAUCGCAAAUUUUGGACAGCCAAAAGAAGAAAGCCAAGUGUCUGCUAGCCAGGAGUCCUUUAUUGAUCCUGAGGAAUGCAGCACAUUUGAAGAUUCAGAAGAAUUUCACUUUGAAGUGGAAGCAGAUCCCUCUGAUGAUGUGGAAAACUUGGAUGAUGCUGAUGAAGAAGGAUACUGGAUUAAAUGCAGUGCCACCUGCAGUGUGAAUAUUAAGAUCUGGGUGCCUUAUUACUCCACAGAAUUCAAUAAACCUGCAAUGAUCUUCUGCUCGAAUGCAGGUGAUGAUGGACACUGGGUACAUGCUCAGUGCAUGAAUCUCACAGAAACGCAGCUAAUUCAGUUUUCUCAGGAGAACAUAAAGUACUUUUGCAAUGAACAUUAUAUUGACAGGGGAAUUAAAACUCCACACAAGAUAAAGCAGAUAAAGCGAACACCAAUAAAAUCCCCACGUAAGAAGUCACCAGCAACACUGAAAAGGACACCAAUGAAGAAGAGCUUUCUGAAGAGACUGUUUGAUUGA